ACCCGAACUGAAACAUUUUCUGCUUCCCGCUUUAUCAGGGCUAUCCCACAACUACUUUCCCAGAAAUCUCACAUACUGACUCGGCCGUUUGGGUGGGUUGGUCGCAUGUUUGUUUAUAGUGAUUUAUGGUCAACUGAAAUUAGAUCGAGAUCAUCAGGACGAUAUUAUGUGAUCAUGCCUACCGUUCAAGCCAAAAGAGACGUUCAUAUCUUGUUUUCAACCCUGUUAGUGGGAUGUGAGGAUUUUCCAGUGUUAUUUUCUUCCGAAAUCAACCUGGUUAGCCAGCAGGCAGGGCUGUAUCGCAGCCCAACCAUGGCCUCGGCAUCGUCGUCGUCGUCGUCGUCAUCGUCGAAGGGUUCAUCCGGGAGACGGCCAGGGCUGGUGCGGUCUUUUCGCUACGUGAUUCCGCACAUCAUUCUGAUCAGCGUUUACCUGCUCUAUCUCGCCAUCGGCGGUGUCGUGUUCUCGGUCUUGGAGUCGCCGAUGUAUAAUCAGCUCUCAGCCGAAGAAAACGCAAAGAUGGCAGAGGCAUUACGUACGAAGCAGAUCAUUCUGGAGGCCUAUCACAAUGCUUCCAUGGGGAUCGUCAAACUCGAGGACGGCAACAUCACCGCCCUUCUCGAUUCCCUCAUCGACACCGUCAACCAUCCCGACUGGAAGGCAGGGCGACAGAAGACCUUGAUGGACGGUCGAAACUGGUCGUUCCCGAGCGCCAUGCUCUUCUCGAUGACCACCAUCACCACAAUCGGAUAUGGUGAUCUGGUACCAGAGACUGUAACAGGCAAAGCAGUGUGCGUCAUCUACUCUGCGAUAGGAAUCCCCUAUUCGUUCUUCCUCCUUGCCGACAUCGGUCAAUUACUGGCUUUAGGUUUCAUUAGGCUCAUCCGAUGGUUCAACCUCUGCCGAAGUACGAAGAGGGUAUCGAAGAACAAGUCAACGCAAACGCAACGGCGGAAGACCACAAAGAACCUCCCGAUAAGGCGAUUCCGAGGCGCGAUGCCAAUUGUUACCAUGAAGCACCUGCAGUCCGUUCGGGUUAGCGCGGACCAUGAGGAUGCCUCAGAACGAAGAGAGAUCAACGACAGGGUCAACGGUAUGAUCGUUCUUGGUACAACUCAUGAGGAUGCACCAUCGCCGAACACGAACAACUCAGCACUCGACCAGUCCUGUCCGGCGAUCUGCGACGAGACACCCUACUGCAACGUCACCACCAGCACUACUACCUUUGAUGAGAAAAAGGAACAUCUUCAGACCAAAGACACCACGGUAGAUCCUGAAAGAGAGUGUAAAAACGAUAAAUUCGCCAAUGACGAUGACGAGGAAGACUACCCUGCUGACGAAGUUUCGUUAAUACUUGUUUUCUUUACUCUCUCCACUUAUAUCUGCAUAAGCGCGUUGGCUUUCAGUUGGGUAGAAAAUUGGGACUAUGGGACAGCCUUCUAUUUCACUUUCAUCACGCUUACGACAGUUGGUUUUGGUGAUAUUGUUCCUGAGGUUCAGUAUGAAAACAGUCGGUUCUUCUUCUGCCUUCUCUUCACAGUAUUCGGUCUUGCCGUGACAUCCAUGUGCAUAGCCCUUAUCCAGGACAGGGCUUGUAGAGCAGGGCGGAGACUGUUAGGGUAUUUCGACUGCUGCAUAAGAUGUUCCAAAGACAUCGAAGAACAGAAUGACUCCGUCACCACAAGCAGAGAUGCACGAUGUAAAGAGGGUUGAAUAGGACUCCUCGCUUUGAGGAUAAUAUACAGGGUAAAAGGGUUUAUCGAAGAGUAUGUUCUGAAAUUUAGCAAUAAUGUGAAGUUACUGACAUCAUGAAUGUUUUCCUUUUCUUCCGAAGUGGCUAUUAGCCGUUGCUCACCUCUCUGUUAGAAUGCCUUCAUGCCUUUUGCCUUCUUUAUCUGCAGUUUGAUGCGUUGAUUAUUAUAGUAUAACGGAAGCACUUGUGGGUGGGUGAAAGACACGAAGAAAGAAAAUCGUCUGUCAAUUGCUUUGAAGGUGAAUACGUUCUUUUGUCACACAUAUCUAUGCCUACAGUAGAGUCCAAGUGCGAAUAAUUCACACAGAACAAUGCAGUUGCUCACCUCUCUGUUAGAAUGCCUUCAUGCCUUCUUGCCUUCAUGUGUGCACCAAGGGUUAUUCGAGGUUGCGCGAGAUCUGAACGCCAUUCACAACAAAUGCAACAGAGGGAUCGCGUGACCGCCUGGGUAAUAUUUGAUAAUACAGUAAAGAAGGGCUGAAACUUUGGGAAGAAGAAUCGCCCGCCAGAAACCUUGCCUUUUAUAGAUUAUGGAGGAACAGCAGUUCGCGAGUAUACCCAGUGUGUUCACUCUACAUAAAAUUGAGAACACAUCACUUUUCUGAAAUCAACGGACGAGCGAUACAUUUGUUUUCUCGCGGGAAGGGGGGGGGGGCAUCCGCCUUUAUUUCGAGGACCACAGCAAAAUCUAGUAUUAAAUGGAUAAUUUUGUGAUGAAAUCGGAUUAGCAAGAAGUGUGCGGUGCUUGAUAUGGGAAGGAAGCAAAUUAAACAACCUAAGUAAGGUUUUUUGAAAAUGAACCUCAUUGGAAAUACUCAAAAUGGAGCUUUUUAGCAUUGGGGGGGGGGGGGGGGGGGCGUUAAAUUAUUUCAUUUUCAUUUCUAUUAACAGAGUAAACCUCUCGGGUUUACAUGCUAUAGUGCUGAGAAGUACGAGCUGGGCUAUAACGCGUGUAUGGUAUUUUACUUUUUUAAAUAUAUAUUUUUUUAAAUUAAUGACUGUAUUCUCAAUGUGUGAAUUCAAUAAGAGACAGGCAACUAAAUCAAUCGAGAGUUUAUAGGCAAUAAAUCUUAAGAUAAUCAUCAACCUGUAAUUGAAACAGAGUGAUCAAAUUUAAGAAUUACGAAAGUGCCUCAUUCCAUUCACCACAAUCAUGCACCUACUUUUUUACCAUUUGUCUUGCUGACCAAAAGUUGGACUAUUUUAAAAAGAUAUUUUUAUAUAUGAUAGAUGAUUUUGUAUAGAUUUUGCUGGGCAAAAUAUGGUUGAAUAUUUAAUCAGGGUAUUUUUUUAUACGACUCUCAUGCCUUCGCAGUAACGACAUUGCCGUGUGAUAUACAUGUAUGACGUGUGUUUUAAACAACUUCUGUUUUAAUAAUAUUCCAUGACAUGUAGAUGACGCAAUAGCCAGAACCAUCCAUCAACAUUUACCACACUCAACCCAGGUGAUGUAAAUGGAUACCUGGCAGGAAUUAAUUCUUUCAAAUGCUAGAGCGCCGCAAUGGCAGCACAGCUAAAGCCGGGGUAAUAAUCUCCAAGUUUGGAAGCGCUUAGUGAUUCAAAUAAGCGCUAUAUAAAAACUGAGUAUUAUCCCUUGAAAAAUCUUUCAAGGGAUAAUUUUCUUGUUUCGUUAGAGGAUUUUUAGUGGGAUAAUUGAUGACAGACAGCAAUUAAGAGAAUAACUAAAAUCCGGAUUUUUGGCCUCUGUGUGACACCGCCUAUUUUGAGUUAUACACACGGCAUGACUGAAAGUACUACUGACUGGCGGAUGUGAUCGAAAUGCCUCCCCCAAAACAUAGUCCAUGAAGUUGUAGCAAAAAUAUAACUGUAAUAGUAUAGAAUAAUUGCUAUUGAUUUUGAAAUAUUUUGAUAGCUACUCUCUAGUCAUUUACAAUAAUUUGAUGGGAAUUUGUUUUUAUUUUAUUUAUCAAGAACAAUCAUAUCAGAUAUAAUAAAUCUAAAAAAAUAGCUUUCUGGAAUGGUACCAAUCAUUAUAUUAAUGAUACUUUCUAUUAGACUUACUAAUAGCUGACAUUUUAAGUGCAAUUUUAUCUUCAAAGAUACUCUUUAGUAAUUUCAAGUGCGAAAAUAUAUUCAGUAAUACUCGUUGGGUAAUGGUUGAACUAUUCUACAACUAUUGGCUUGUAGUUAAAAAGAUUCAGUUUUAUAUCAUGUAAUUUCUUCGUGAAAAAAGUGUCUUAUGUGAAAUGUCUACUGAAAUCAAUGAGAUAAAAUGUGCUAGAUGGUAAUUAUGCAAUUAUCUCUUUCCUACUCUCCCAUCUCUUUUUCUUUCACUUUAAGCUACCAUAGUGCCUUUAAUCUUUGAGUAAUACGAUCGCGACUACUUUCGAAAAAUCAACGUAAUGCAAUUUUGAUAGCUUUGUUCGUCACCUAUUGAAAUGUAUUAUUUUAUUCGCGCAUUAUUUCUAUUGGUUAUAAAUAGGGGCUUGAAAUCGCCCUUAGUUGAUUUUCCGAAAAUACUUGCGAUUGUUUUGAGUCAAGUUUGGAAAAAAAAGUCAGUGCAGUUUAACCACAUGUAUUUUUUACUUAAUAUCCAGAAGUCAAGCACGAUUUAUGCUGUACAAAAAUUGUAAACAAUGUAUACCGACGAAUUUAAAAAGGAUAAUAUUAUAGAGCCGAAUGUGGAUGUCAAUAUCAAACCGUCACCAUCAUUAUUUUGAAGAAGGUGGGCUGUCACUGUAAUAAUCCGGUUUGAUUUCGACACGAUCGCAAAGACUUUCGAGAAAUCCAUUCAAGGUCAAUUCCAAUACCAUUAUCAUUUUGCAUAUGGGCUUCUGAAGAAGUGAUGGAGUAUGUCAUUGAAGUUCUCGUAAUUUUAUCAUGGAUAACGUUAACGAAGAAGGCUAUUGCAAAUGCAUUUGGUUGAAUUUCCGAAAGCGUUUACGAUCGUGAGUUUUCUUAAUGAUAACUUUAUUUGUUCGAUGAUAUACAAAGAGAUUUAUUCAUCAGUGACUCUAUAAAUGAGUUUAUAUUUGAGCAUCACAUCCUUUCUCGAUUUAAAGUUCGAGAUUAUCUUUGUACAUAAAACGAGAAAGGCACGCAUUCGAGUAUUCAAACUUUUAAAGUUGAUAGGCCUGUAGCUCUUGCUUGUUCAUGAAAAGCUUCAUUAUAAACACGGAUAUUCAUGGUGUUUUUUGUAUUUAGUCAAGGUUUUAAAAAAGGGCUCUGUGCAUGAAGAAAUUAUAAAUGCAAAAUCGUCUAUACUUAUUUGCUUUUCAUUUUCAUAUCAUUUUUUUAAUAAAACAGCUUUGCCAAAAACAUGAA